AUGCCCCGCCAGCCUUUGGCAGAUACCCCCGGCCUUCCCCCAUACGGUCAGCGCAGCUCUGAGCGACGGAAGGAGCAGAAUCGAAUAGCACAGAGGCAGCUCCGAGAGCGUCGACAGCAGCAAGAGGCGGCCCAAACACUGAAGCUGCAGCAACAGCAAACUGAGAUAAGGAGACUUCACCAUUUGAUCACAGAAUUGCGGAACGAAAACUUCACUCUCCGCAGUCAAAGUCAUAACCGACGCCGGCAAUCUGUCAUACCGAUCUCAUCGCUUUCCAGAGGCUUAGCCAUUUCACACCCAUACCCACCUGCCGCGACAGCCGGACGGGCACCAACGCUCGAGUCAAACUAUACUAAGCCCUUCCUGGCGAGGCACAGUAUCGACAACUCAUCCCUUCAUGGAGCAGGAAUCGACACCACCAACUCCUCUCAUCGCAUGUAUGAACACAGACUCCUGAAAAGCUGGGGCAUUGAGAAUCAACGGAAGCCGAGCUUUGCCUCCCAUUUGCGGCAACCAGCGGUAAUGAGUGCUGCUUUGUACGCGGCACAGCUGGCUUCGGAUCACCAGGCUUCUCCUGCGCCACGAUUGGAAACUUGCGCUAGUCAAGACACCAACGCGCCAGCAAACUUAGAAAACAAGGAAGGUCUUCCGGCCGACAGCUUUUGCCGGCAAACGCACUCUCAUGAGAUAAGCGCUGGGCCCGCGGGAUCCAAGACUCUCACCUCGAGUUGGUUAUCACGAAAAACUACUCCACCGAUGAGGGAUGCUGGUGGGGACUGGGUAAACAGCCCAGAAAAACUGAAUCAAAGUCCUCAACUUAUAUCUACCCCCGAGACGGAAAACGCUUUCUUUGCACCCCCUUCGGUUAAUUUAUCUUCUUUUUGGCCCAAUGAACCCCCCACUUGCCCCAACAACCAUGAUGGCUUUGGAGAUGUAGAUUACUUCUCCCCAUUCGCGUCAUCAGUUGUUCCUUCGGAAUUCUUUCCUGCCUCCGAUCCACCACUGCCUAGCGAUCGAAUUCAAACGCGGAAAACGAGUGAAAGUACUAAUAGUGAUUCCAAUUCGGUCGCGCCGACCUCAGACGAGUAUUCCUCUCUCUCUUGUAUGAGUACCAAUCCAGCGCGUGUCCCGUUCAUCUCGCCAGACCUACCUUCGUAUCAUAUCGCCCGGUCUUUGUCACCGACAGCCACCGGGAGCUCACCAGAAGCACAAGUAGAAGAAAGAAACAUUAGUGAAGGAAAUACGGCCAUCCACUUCAGGUCUCCCUUUUCAGAACCCAACGACUCAGAAAUCACCGGUCAUCCAAACUUCGGCUUGCCCUUGAGUUGGAUCGAAGCGAAAAAAUUCAACGUGGAGGCCUUAAGUCCUUUACCAACUCAUCCGAAACCUAUGUGUUUGGACGUGAGUGAGCUGUGGGGUUCCGACUUCUGA